AACUAAUGUCACUGAAAGUUCCACCUGACCUGCGGAGUGCUGCUGAGUUUUUGUGGAAGUACUAUCCUGACCGAGACAAAGACCCCAAUAUCAAGAAGUUCUUCAAAACUUUGGGAAAAGUCUUCAAAGAGUCCGACUCCGAAAGCAGCAAGACAUCAUCCAGUCAUGCAGGGACAGUUAAUGUCCACAAAAUCGUGACAGGAAAAACGUUUGGAGCCGAUGAAGCUCUGCUGAAACAACUGAACUGUAAGGAGCUGCAGGUGGAGAUGACAGACCGGCAGGGAUGUGACAUCAUCAUUCUCUUCUGUCCAAUCAACACUCGUCUUGGCUCAGAUGUGGAGUCGGCCAUGAGUAAGGUGUCAGGUGAAGAACGAGUGAUUCUGAUCCUGAUGCACCACACCAGAGACGUGGACUACUUCACCGCUGCAAAAAGGUGGUCAGAAACCUUUGACAGCGUCGUCUUCGAUGUCAAUGUUCUCUACCACGAGACUGUGCCAGGAUUACUGAAGUGUUCAAAAAACACAGAGGCAAUCAGUGACAUAUGUAAAGAGUUAGUAAAGUACAGUAGCAGUACAAAUGGAAACUUUAUCACCAGAAAUUUACCAAACCUCCACUUUUGGCAACACUGAUUGUGUCUGGUCGGGAGUGGCUUCAGCAGAGAUCAAUAACUAACAAAAAAAGUCUAAAUGAUCACUGUAUUCAUUACUAGUAUAAUGUUUCAUGUAUAUAACGUGUUGUUUAGAGUCACAGAUACCUAAAUUAAACUAUGUCAAUAUGAAAUAAAACUUGACCUGAAAUCCAAGUCUUAUUGGUGAGAAUGUAACUAUCCAUCCAUCCAUCCAUUCUCUAUAUACCGCUUUAUCCUCACUAGGGUCGCGGGGGGUGCUGGAGUCUAUCUCUGCUGACUCGGGAGAAGGAAGGGGACACCCUGGACAGGUCACCAGUCUGUCGCAAGGUUACAUAUACAGACAAACAAUCACACUCACAUUCACACCUACAGACAAUUUAGAGUAAUCAAUUAACCUCAGCAUAUUUUUGGACUGUGGGAGGAAGCCGGAGUACCCGGAGAAAACCCACGCAUGCACAGGAAGAACAUGCAAACUCCAUGCAGAAAGAUCCCAGGCCCAGGCCGGGAUUUGAACUGGGGAUCUUCUUGCUGCAAGGCGAAUUCCACUGUGCAGCCCCGCAGAAUGUAACUAUGAAAUAAAAAAUAAAACUUAUGACUGUACAAGUGUUCUUGUUUAAACUCCUGCUGCUUGAUGUCACUGUUUAACUGUUGUAUAGAUGUGAAGCUGUGGAAGGACUGAUAGAUGGAGUGAUGUAUGUACUGUACUGCAAAGGUGAGAAUGUCUCUGAAAAUAAUGAAUUGCAUUUAUCAAGUAAUAUUUGUAAGCAGUAAGAAAAAAAACAUUGCAGAAUGAUAUCAACAUUAAAAAAACUCGUGAGAAUGGUGUAAUUUGAGAUGGUUCAUUGUGUUUCUAUUACAUAAACCUGUGUUUCAUAUCUAUUCUAUGAAUUACUUUUUUAAAGUGAGCUAGAUUUUUAAUCCAUCACUGCAGUUUUUCCAUAAAUUCACUAUUUUACCUGAAAUACAGUGAUUUUUGUGUGUUGAUCCUC